AUGGCGGACACAAGGUCCUCGGAAUCCACCCCGAGGGAUGUGGACGUAGAGAAAGGGUUCGUUCCCAACAGCUCUGACCUCGAGGGCGCAACAAUCCGACCUGAAUCAGGGCCCCAGACAACAGAAAAUAGGGAUGAUAUCCCAAAAGAAACCGACCAAGAUCCUAACAUCGUCGACUGGGACGGCCCUGAUGACCCCCAAAACCCUCAAAACUGGCCAUCAAAGGAGAAGUGGCUUAACAUUGGUGUCAUCUCGACUUUAACACUCGUAACAAGAUGCCCCCUAUCACCACUAACCAAUUCCAAGGGCUCCUCCAUGUUUGCACCUGGUAUUCCAAAGAUUAUGGUAGAGUUUCACGAAACAUCCUCCAUGACAGCUACCUUCGUCGUCUCCGUCUACAUCCUAGGCUUCGCCUUUGGCCCCUUGAUCGUCGCUCCCCUGAGUGAGAUAUACGGCCGUCGAAUUCUCUACAACUGGGGAAACGUCUUAUUUACCGUCUUCACCGUCGGAACAGCUCUUGCCCAGAAUAUGCCUAUGUUGAUGGCCUUCCGCUUCCUCAUGGGUCUUGCAGGAUCCGUACCCAUUACGAUUGGUAGUGGCAGUAUCGCAGAUAUCAUGCCUGUUGAGCAAAGAGGUCGCGCAAUGUCAGCAUGGGCAAUGGGCCCCCUGCUUGGACCGUGUAUCGGACCAGUCGCAGGCGGUUAUCUUAUCAAGGCCGCUGGUUGGAGAUGGGUUUACUGGUUGGUCACAAUUAUGGCCGGGAUAUUCAUCCCCCUCUCAUUCUUCCUAAUGAAAGAGACAUUCGCCCCUGUUCUGCUCGAGCGGAAGACUCAAAGGCUGCGCAAGGAGACUGGCAACCCUAAUCUUCGUAGCAAGCUUGAAACUGAGACCAAUAUCGCCGAUAAGUUCAAGCAUGCCAUCAUCCGGCCAUUGAAGCUGCUUUUCAUCACCCCGAUUGUCACCCUCAUGGCUUUAUACGUCGCCAUCACGUACGGUAUUCUUUACUUGCUCAUUACGACGUUCUCUUUCGUGUUUAAGGAUUUCUACGGCUUUGACGAGGGAACUGUUGGCCUCACUUUUCUUCCUGCUGGUAUCGGCAUGAUGAUUGGUGUAGUGUUGUUCGGCGGACUUACCGACUAUGUUGUCAAGAGGAAUAAGGACAAAGGCUUGCCACACAGGCCGGAAAUUCGUCUCACUCCUGCUUUGGCAAUGCCUUGUGGUAUUGUUCUUCCUAUAGGUCUCUUCCUAUACGGGUGGACUGUGGAGAAGCACGUUCACUAUAUUGUCCCUAUGCUCGGUGUCGUCAUUUUCAGCGCGGGCCUGAUGGGUGUCAUGAACUAUCUCCUGGAUACUUAUCCUCGUUACGCAGCCUCAGUGACCGCUGCAUUGGCCGUCCUCAGGUCUUUGGCCGGUGCGCUUUUGCCCCUGGGCGGAUUAGAGAUGUACAACGCACUUGGCCUUGGAUGGGGCAACAGCCUUUUGGGUUUCAUUGCCCUGGCCCUGGUUCCUAUUCCUCUUUUAUUCUAUCUGUUUGGCGAGCGUAUUCGGAGCAGAUUCAACCCCAAGUUGUGA